CUGCUAAACAAGCAGCUGUGUAUUUAGGUAAUGGGAGGCCGUUAUUGCAUGAGGUGCUUGCAUGUGUGGCACUACAGUCUCUGUGAACCACCUGUGGCUUGUGAGUGGUGUUGCUAGGGCUAGAUUAGCAGUGGAAGUGACUGACGUGCUGUCAAGAUGCCUCCACGUAAGAAGCAGGAUGACAACGAGAAACAGACUCGUAUUGCCAUUGUUAAUACAGAAAAAUGCAAACCCAAACGAUGUCGACAAGAGUGCAAGAAGUCUUGUCCUGUAGUGCGUAUGGGUAAGCUCUGUAUUGAAGUUACUCCAAAUGACAAGAUGGCAUCCAUUAGUGAAGAGCUCUGCAUUGGUUGUGGCAUUUGUGUGAAGAAAUGUCCAUUUGAAGCCAUCAUGAUUAUCAAUUUGCCUAGUAACCUUGAGAAAGAAACUGUUCACCGUUACAACAAGAAUUCUUUUAAGCUUCACAGGCUGCCAGUCCCUCGUCGUGGUGAGGUCCUAGGGCUUGUGGGCACCAAUGGAAUUGGGAAAUCAACAGCUCUGAAGAUAUUAGCAGGGAAGUUGAAGCCUAAUUUGGGACAGUUUUCAGAUCCACCAGACUGGACUGAGAUUUUAACAUAUUUUCGGGGCAAUGAGUUACAGAACUACUUCACACGAAUCCUGGAGGAUGACUUGAAGGCUAUUAUCAAGCCUCAGUAUGUUGACCAGAUUCCUAAGGCUGUUAAAGGAUCUGUAAAAGAUCUUCUUAAUAAAAAGAAUGACCAUGAUAACCUAAAUGAAAUGCUUGAUGUACUUGACCUUCGAAAUGUCUUGGAUCGCAACAUUGAAGAUCUUUCAGGAGGAGAGCUUCAGAGGUUUGCCAUUGCCAUGGUUUGUAUUCAGGGUGCCAAUAUAUACAUGUAUGAUGAACCGUCAUCUUACCUAGAUGUUAAACAGCGUUUGAAUGCUUCCCGUGCUAUACGUUCCAUGGUGAAGGCUGACAAUUAUGUGGUAGUGGUUGAGCAUGACUUGGCUGUUCUAGAUUACCUGUCAGAUUUUAUAUGUUGCUUGUACGGUCAGCCAGGUGCAUAUGGCGUUGUCACAGUGCCAUUCUCUGUAAGAGAAGGUAUAAAUGUUUUCCUUGAUGGUUUUGUCCCAACAGAAAAUCUUAGAUUUAGAGAAGAAUCACUAACUUUCAAAGUUUCUGAUCAACUGAGUGAAGAAGAAAUUAAGAGAAUGUGUCGCUUUAAGUAUCCUCAGAUGGUGAAAAAGUUGGGAGAAUUUGAGUUGACUGUUGAUGCUGGCAACUUCACUGACUCUGAGAUCAUGGUUCUCCUUGGAGAAAAUGGCACAGGAAAAACUACUUUCAUCAGGAUGCUUGCAGGGAGGCUAGAUCCAGAUGAAGGAAAGUCAGAACUGCCAGAGUUACACAUUUCAUACAAACCACAGAAGAUCAGCCCCAAGAGUCAAUCCACUGUGCGCCAACUACUGCAUGAAAAAAUUCGUGAUGCAUAUGUGCAUCCUCAGUUUGUGACAGAUGUCAUGAAGCCAAUGAAGAUUGAGGAGUUGUUUGACCAAGAAGUUCAGCAUCUAUCUGGAGGAGAGUUGCAGCGAGUGGCUUUGACUCUCUGUCUGGGAAUCCCGGCUGAAGUGUAUCUAAUUGAUGAACCCUCGGCAUACUUGGACUCUGAACAACGUUUGGCUGCUGCAAAAGUGAUUAAGAGAUUCAUCAUGCAUGCCAAGAAAACAGCUUUUGUUGUGGAGCAUGACUUCAUUAUGGCUACUUACCUAGCUGAUAGGGUGAUAGUAUUUGAAGGUUCUGCCUCUGUAAAAACAGUUGCUAAUGCACCACAAACGUUGGUAUCGGGGAUGAACAAAUUCUUAGAAAUGCUCGGCAUCACUUUCCGUCGAGAUCCUAACAACUUCAGGCCUCGCAUCAAUAAGGACUGUAGCCAGAAGGAUGCCGAGCAAAAGAACUCGGGCAAUUACUUCUUCCUUGACACGGAAGGUAAAGGCGAAGGUAAACAAAACUGAAAGUCACCUUAAUGGUGCUUGUGAACAUUAUCAAGAUGCAGCUCCGGCCCCAGGCCAGAAAUUUUGAGCCAUGCAGUGCUUAUAAAUUAAUAUGUGAUGGAAAAAAGGAUUUUAAGUGCACGAGAUCACUGGUCAUCAUUCAUAUUCAUAUUUUGGGUGGUGGAGGCUCUGGGGUGUUGAUGCUGCUGUAUUCUGCCUGUGUUUUCUUCUUUAUUCCCAUAACCUGUUAACUUAUUACUUAAAAGAAUUGCAAGCUAAUAUAGAAUUUCAAGAGAUGGAUUUAUUAUACCAUAAUAAACAAAUUAUGCUAAUAUACAGUGUUCCACAAGUUUGGAACCAUAGGACAAAAGAAAACUGGCUUUGUAAUUUUAACAUAUUAUUUUAUUCACAAUGUGUUGAAUGUGUCCACUAUCAAGGUCGACACUCACACACAGAUGAAGUGUCCAGUCAGUAAUCACAGCGACUCGUCAGUAGUGAUGGUUCCACACAUGGUGCACCAUGUAUUUUGUAUGCAUUUAAAUUUUCAUAUAAAAAUAUAUUUAAAUAGUGCUGUGUAUUGAAUCCUCAGAAGAGCACAUUCGAAGUGGUUUUUAAUGAUAAUGAUUUAAUACUCCUUUUUGUGAAACAAAUACACAUGAUCCUAGAUUUGUUAUAGAAAUAACUAGAAACCAUCUUUAAAGAACAAUACAAAUUUAGAUACAAUUGAUGUAGGAGAAGGAAGUGUGGUGCAGCAUCUAACCCCACCUUCCCUCACCCAGCUCUUCCUCUCCAUCUGUUGAACAUUUCUUGCUGCACUGUUGUCUGGCCACAAUGACAACUGGGACCCCUGAUAAUAUCUGUACCAUAAAGUUCUGUUAAAAAUGUCUAGCAGUCAUAAUACCAUAUGUAUAAAUGUUUGAAGACUGCCUUAUGUAUUAAUUUGGUUAAGUGGUUUAGCAGUAUUGCUUUAUGAAUGGUGGAGUACAUGGUCCUGGAAAAGUAAUGUGCAGGGGGCAGAGAGGGGCUGCAUCAUUAUUCAUUUCAUUUUAUCGGUAUAUUGACAUCAUGUUGUCCAAGCAUUGUUAUAUUUAUAGUCAAUAUUAAAAAGGCAGAAUAA